AUGGCAAGUAAGAGUAAGGGACGCAUGUGUGUAGUUGCAGGAUGCAACAACAGGCCCUCGGACACCGUUUCCAUCCAUGUUUUCCCGAAGGACGAGCGACAGAGAGCAGCAUGGACUCGAUUUGUGGGACUGACCCGUGCAGACUGGACAGGACCGUCCCAGUAUACUGUUGUUUGUAUUGCGCAUUUCACGGACAGAUGUUUCGAGGCUCAGUUUUCACUGAUGAGAGAAUUUGUAAUUCCUGCGAAAAAACGCCUCUGCCCUGGUGCGAUUCUAUCGCUUUACCCUAAGAGGAAAGUGGACGACCUCAACCUUGCCCUCCUCUCUUCGCCCGAGCCUAAACCCAAGCGCCAGGCUGCCGCCAAGCUGAAGAAAAAUAGGCUCAACCACCUCCACUGUGCAGUGAAUUUUUCCAUCCUGAUAAAGAAGCGGUGCUACAUUUUAGAUCGAGGUUCAGUCAGAAGGAUCGAGACAUCCGUGUGA